CCGGCUCUGCCGUGAGCGGGAUGGAGGCGAAGGCGUCUGCGCCUGCGCCCGGGCCCGCCCUUGGAAACGCGUCGGAAGCUGGCGAGCGGGCCUUGGUGACCCGGCCCGGGAAGGCCGGCGAACCCGCCGCCGCCAUGAAACUGACCCGUAAGGUGGUCCUGUCCCGGGCAAAGGCCACCGACCUCAGCGGCGUCCGCAAGCUGAACUGCUGGGGCAGCCGCAUCUCAGAUAUUUCUAUCUGCCGUGAGCUUCCCAACAUUGAGGUGAUCACGUUCAGUGCAAAUCACAUCUCCAGCCUGGAGCCAAUGAACCAGUGCCAGAACUUAACGGAGCUUUAUCUCAGGAGGAACAAUAUUGCAAGCCUCCUUGAGCUGUUCCACCUGAAGAAGCUGCCCCGCCUGAGAAUCCUCUGGCUCUCUGAGAACCCUUGCUGUGGUCCUGAUCCUCAUCGCUAUCGGAUGACGGUGCUGCGCAACCUUCCGAAUCUCCAGAAGCUUGACAAUCGGAUGGUGACAGAGGAAGAACUGUCCCAUUCCCUGCUGGAAGGGGAAGAGAUAACGUCACCCCCGGCCAAAUUGGACGUGGAAAACUUCUGCCAAAACUCCACCACUGAAUCCAGUGUAACGGAGUCUACAGCAGAGAAUGAAAAUGAAGUCAUGAACUUCACCUUGGAGGAGACAAAUAAAAUCCGCGAGCAGCUUGGGAUGAAGCCUGUUGCUCCAAGGGAGAAGUUUGUCUCCUUGUGCCCUAGGCAGAUGGAGGGGAACCGAAAGAAACGGAACAACAUCCUCAAUGCCAUCAUGAUGCUCCUAGAAGAGCUUGAUUCAGAUGGACUAGAAGUUGUCCAUCAAACAACUGGGAACAAGCUCCAAGCCUUGCAGAAGAAGGAACUCCAUGAGGACCGAUAGCGAAUCUGAGGCAGCUGUUUCGUGGAUCAGUGGAACUAGCAUCACCAGCCCUGGCUGCUCCAUCCCUGUGCUGUUGGGCUUAGUCUGGGGAUGUGCUACUGAACCCAGGAAGAAACGUCAUACAUUCCUUGUGCAUCAUGCACUCGGACCAUGCUCUAAGGCACGCUUUCCUCUGCAAUCACAACGUGUGUGCCUGCAUCUAUGCAACUGCUACCCAGCAACCUGCAAAAGCCUUUGACAGUGGGGGCAAACAAGUGUACACCGAAUUACAGCAAGUAGUUGUCACAUGGGAAAAGGGGUCAGCAUCUGUGGCCCUGCCUUCUCCUUAGUGCCUCCCCAGUAGAGGAAGAAAAUCACUCCUCGUCGUGCUUCAGUUGUGAAUCUGUCAGCUGAAGCUGCUGAUCUGUUAGCAUAGUCUUAAUACUGGAACACAAAUCCCUAUGAUGCCGCCAUCCUCCUGCAGUCAGGAGCUUCUGAUCCUUGAUCUCAAGGACUGAGACAUUUUUUUUAAAAAAAAUCAUUGAACUUCAAAUUUAGUGGCAAACUUCUAGGCUUUCUCUUCACCUUUCCUUCUCUUCUAAAUAGUGAUUUGGACUUAACAAGAAUGUCACCUGUAGUCAGAAUUCUGGAUUUGUAUAAUGGAACAUCUUGUUUCUUACUUGAUUAGAAUGCGGUCUUGCACCUUUUGGAUAUUGCCUUGACUUUCUUCUGCAACUUGCUUGCUUAAUCUUCACAGUAACCUAAAAAAAGAGAAAAAGCAAGUUUACUUAGUUGUUGUGACAGAAGGAACAGGGGAGGUGGGGUUGAUGGUAUAUAGUUCAGGAAGUGUAUUAAAGUCUGAAUCCAACAACAAUACAGACUUUGUCUCUGCUCAAUAUAGUAUUGGCUCCGUUGUGUUUAGUCUGUCAAGCUGCAUCUGGUGCACAGCAGCACACUUUAAGUGGAUGCUGCUAAGUAACUUACAGGUAGUGUGUUCUUACUUGUAAUAGGAAGCUCUUAACUACAGUAUCUAAAAGAAUAAUAUUUUUUCCUAAUAAUUCUGGUUACAAAUAUGUCUCAACCAAGGGAUCUGUUUUCUCUGAUUACAUAUAAAACACAGAUCUGAUAUUUCUACACUCCACCUCUGGAUAGAUGGCACCAAUUGAGAAUUGCUUACUUUGUAGUGCUGGUUUUCUCUCCUGCCUUUUUUUUCUGUUUCUGUGUCCCUUGGAGUGGAUGGACGUUACACAGGUACAAGCAAGCUCUGAGUUCUCAGCCUCAGAGGUAGGCCCAAAAUGCUACUUUUGGCAAGUCACGGCCACUUUUUCCUGCACAAGAUGUUAUAUGUGACAUCAGGUGCAGGAAAGUUCAAGCUGUAGUUUCUGAAUCUUCCUUUGCAGGCAAAAUUCGGCACUUUUUGUUUUUGACACCUUUUUCUCUUCCGCACAGCAAAUUCAAAAAGCUGUGGCUUUAGAAAGUGCUCCCCGUUCUUCCUCUGCAGUCCUAGGUUGAAGUUACACUCACCUGAUACCAUAUGGCAAGUGGGUGUCCACACCCAUCUGUCAAACUGACCUGUAAAGGGCUGACCCCUUUGGUUCUCCACCCCUGUCCUAAGCAAUAAGACUUGUUUGAAGAAGCAGUAGCAAUGACUCUCAGGGCAUGGAGAGGGCAGUGUUCACAAGGUUUUAAGCCACGGGUGCCAGCCUCUGAAUGGCUCGCAGUUUGAUAGCGACACAACUAGUAAGGAGCUACUUGUGGAAAAACUGAGCUGAAGGCAAAUGUGCCAACCAGCAAAGCCUGAGUAAUACCAGCUGAGUAUUCUCUGAGGAAUCCAAUUUCUCUUUUGAGAUCUGUGUUGCAGUAGAAAUCCAACAUCUUGUAAAGGAUGUAGGUUCAUCACAGGAGAGACCAUUUGUGAAGUAAUACUGGUUUACCCUAGUGCAAGUAUUUCACUGUAUUCAAAGGAAUGCUUAGCAUAAUUACGUAAUACAAUUAGCUGUUAGAAAGCCACUACCAAAACACAACUACCAAAAUCAUAAUGCCCGUGUCAUAAUCAUAACAAAUCUAUUAUGCGCCCAUAGUUGGAAUACGGUGUCCAGUUCUGGAGAAAUAAUAUUAUAGGGCUGGAAAAAGAUGCAGAAAGGGGCAACCAAAAUGACCAAGGGACUAGAGCAACUCCCCUAUGAGAAAAGGUUCCAAAGUGGGACCUUUUUUUAAAAAAGGCAAGUGGGUAGGGACAUGAUAAGUGGGGUACCAGCCCAAGCUGGUAAAAGAUGGUGGAGCCGCUAUAGCUACUUUACUUACAGUGACAAGGAUGGAUCAAGGAGCACCUCAGAUCUAUGCAUUCACAAAUGCAACCCUGCCCAGAACAUGCAUUAUUGCCCAGUCCCUGGGUCCACAAGAUUUGUCUUUUAAGGAUAUGGCUUCUUGGUCUUCAUCACUGCUUCAAGGCGCUGGUCCAGACCUUGCAUGGCACCUCCUGAUUUGGGUACAACAGACAAACAGCUGAGUAUCAUCAGUGUACUGGUGACGGCAUGCUCCAAACCUCCUAUAUGCCAAAUAAUAUAGGCAUGUAUGGACUGUAAUCCUUCGGCACUUACUUAGGAAUAUACAACUCUGAAGGAACUAGAUCAGUGUUUCCCAAACCUGGGUCUCCAACUGUUUUUAGACUACAAUUCCCAUCAUUGCUGACCACUGGUCCUGCUGUAGCUAGGAAUGAUGGGAGUUGUAGUCCAAAAACUAUCUGGAGACCCACGUUUGGGAAACACUGAAGUAGAUUUCUUAGUAGAUGUGCCUAGGAUUGGGCUGCAAGAUAAGACAUUCUCUUGGACUGCAUGGACUAAAAUUUGCUCCUGCAGGCUGACUCAUCUGUGUUCCAGUAUAACCAUAAUCAGCAUAAAACGGUUUUAUACUGAACUGUCACCCUGAAGAAUAUCUCAUUCUUCUUUAGAAGUGGACUGUAAAAUGAACCUCGAUAUGUCCCAGGGUAGCCUCUUCUAGGGUGCCAGGAAUCUGAAAUCGGUUACAACCAGACUAAUGAGCCAUAAAAGAGGACUUGCAUGCUAUUUUGUAAUUCUCCACACUGGCAAAGAUGUAUUUGUUCACUUAUUUUAAUUGCUCCUACUCAUGAAUCUCUAAUUGACUCUUCUUUUGAGGUUUGUACUAAUAACUGUAGAGAAAAAAAAUGCAGUUUUAGGUCUGCAAUAAAAAAAGAGAGAGAAAACA